ACCACACCCACCACCACCAGCUCUACGCUCGUUCGCUUCCGUUCCCACUCUGUGCCAGUCUCGAUCUCGGGGUUUGAUUUCUACAGCUACCUCCAUCCGCCAGGCGAAGGAAAGCAGGCUUCUUGUUGUUUCUAGUUCGAUCGAAGCCCUCGUUGAAUGGAGAGUGAGAGGAGAGUGGAUCCCGAUUGCGUCAAUGCCUCUAAUCCCUUCCAUGUUUGUGCGGACUACUGCGCGCAGCGAGCUCGUGGAUUGAUGUCUGGCAACACCGGGACGAAAUUAGCUCAUAAAGGUGGUAAACGCAGCGAAGGGAUUGUAUUUGCAAACCGAAUUGUCGACCCUUCGUGUCCCAACGCAUCUAACCCAUUCCAUGAGUGUGCGGACUACUGCUCGCGAAGAAAUUCCAUGGUGAAUAGGAACUACGAGGUGAAGAGAUCAGGUCUCCUUUCUUUUCAGAUUCGGAAAUGGAUGCAAAAUUCCAUGAGAAACUCAGCUCAAAACCGAGGGAGUCUGAAAAAGCUUCAAGCGACUGUCUUUGCAGGAAGAAACGUAGAUCCUUCAUGCCCAAAUGCAAGCAAUCCAUUCCAUGAGUGCGCAGAGUAUUGCAAUAAUAAAAAGGCUGAUGUGAGAACAGAAAAUAAGAAAAAACCAGUGAAAAGUAUAUCAAAGUUGGAAGACAAUAGGAUGGUGGAUCGUAAAUGUGUCAAUGCAUCUAACCCCUACCAUGUGUGCACCGAGUACUGCAUCAAGAAGAGUAAAGAAAUAAGGCAUGAGAAAGAAAGUAAAUCGGUGGUAGUUCAGAAUAUGGAGAAGCAUAAAGAGUAUCUAGAGACAGCAAUUGCAGAAAGAAAUACAGAUCCCUUAUGCCCAAAUGCAUCCAAUCCUUACCAUCAGUGUGCAGAGUACUGCCCUUCAAGACAAAAUGGGGAGAAGAUAUCAGUUGUCAAGAAUUCGGAGAUUUAUGAAGAGGAAGGAGAGAUUAUAGUGGUGGUAGAUGAUGUGGAUCCAUCAUCCCAAUACACGUCCAACCCAUACAUUCCAUCAAUCCUCUCCACAAAAGACAUUGAAAUUAUAGGACAAAAUGGGAUGAUUAGCAAAAUGAGGUUCACUUAUACUAAAGCAUAAGCAACAGCAAAUAUGUCGGAGGAAAAGUCUGGAGUUGUCACAGGUUGCAGCAAGCAACUCGAACACCAAAGAGGCCAAGUCAAAUAACUGAUAUUGUUCAAUUUUUUCUGGGGCAAGUUAUCAGUUUUUGUUUUUCCCCUGGGGGCUGGGGGGAGUAAUUGUUUUAUCCCCCUAACAGAUGCAACUUCCUAACCUUUAAAUCGUUGUGACCAGAUACAUUGUAGACUGUCGUUUGGCAUUUAUUUGUUUGCUGGUUUUCUGUACUA